AUGGGAGGGAUUAUUCAUCAUUCUAGUAAUGUAUUAAGCAAAACCAAGACGGAGAAGAAAAUCAAGAGAACGUCGCAAGAACUCGUCAAUACUUUCCCGAAAAAUAUUAUUACGAAUAUUCAGACAACCACGGUAGCAGUAGAAAAUUAUAGAAGAGAGAAUAAUGAUUUUACAGCGUUUCAUAUAUUUAAAAAAAUAUUUCUACGUAAGGAUUUCAUUUUAGAAGUAUUUGAAACAGAAUUUACCAAAACAAAGAUUCGAAAUUUAUUCGAGACCUUGGAUCAAUUAGAAGCGAGUUUAACAUUUUCUCGUAUUUUGGAAUCCGAACAAUGGCUACGAUAUUCCGCUUUAAAAGCACAAAAAGUUGCUAUAGUCGAUGAUCUCAGGAAAGCUAAUAAACUGAAUAAAAAUAUGUUGAAUUUAUUCAGACAAAGUGUAACGGACGCACGUAUUGGAAAUACGGAUACCUUACCGGAACCUUUGAAAAGAGAAGUGCAACGGAUUUGGCACAGAAAGUACGACGAUCUGUUAAAGCAAAACGAACGACUAAAGAAAGAAAUCGUUACAAUGAACGCUCACGUCGAAGAGAAGAAUAAACAGAUAGAGGUACUCGAACGAAAGUUAUUGAAUAUGGCUGAAAAUUUAAUAGAACGCGAAGAAGCGAUAAAGAGAGUCUGUACCAAAUAUUUGAAUCUUAAAAAACGUAAGGACGAGGAAGAAGUUUUAUUGAGAGGUUCGAUCGAGACAUUGCAGGAUGCGCUGCAAAAGGCACGUAACGCGAAUGUUUCGAGCAAGCCCGAGAUACGCCUUUCUUUAGGCAAAGAUGCUCAAUUGGCCAUGGAGAUACGACGAAGCGAUCGCUUGGUAUACGAGAACGCACUUUUAAGAGCGCAUUUGCAAGAGGCAAGACGUGCAUGCAAAAGCAGUAGAAGUAGCAGCGUCGUAUCUUUACAAAAGGAUUCCUUCAAAAUAUAAUUUCUCUGCUUUU